CUCGUUUUCGUAGGUAUGGGAGGGGCUGCUGCUGAGAGCGCAAGGUUUUAGAGGAUUACUCUUAAAUGUAUGAACAGAUCAAAACACCGCUUAGGAGUUCUUUAUAGUGAGGAAUGAACAGUAUAAUGCACUUAAAACCUCAAAAAGAAUUUUCAAGGUGUGGCCCCUUUACAAAGAAAACUGCCUUUUCCCCUGAUGGAGGAGAAAGACAUCUGUGGAGAGCUCUUUGUUUGUUUCCGGUGGAGGCCAACAGGACUCAAGUCACCUGAAUAUCAUAUAUAUACAUAUAUAUAUAUAUACUUGAUUAAUUAUUUAGCAAUGAAUUGUAAGGUCUACAAUCUUGGAACAACAAAAAUACAAAAAAAUAUAUGUAUUACAGGAGCAAAUCUAAAUCAAACUGCUUAACUGUCGAUAUGGUGGUCACAAAGAGGAAGUGGCGUAAUGUUCAUGCAUGCGAGGACUAACAGAUUAGCCGUUAGAGAUCAGGUAGCGACAAGCAUUGCUGCGUGAUAUGUUAGGAAAUUUCUAGGGUUCUCAAUUUUAGAAUUGUAGUUUAGGAAAUUUCUCCACAAUGGCAAACAUACUAUGAAGUUGAGGUGGGCGAAAAAAAUAAAUUAUUAGAUGUACCGAUUUCCAUAAAUUGUAAUUGAUUCCAACAUUAUUUUAUAAAUUUUAAAUAAUUGAAAAAUUAAUAUUAUUUAAGUUAAAUAACUAAAGAAGAAGAACUAAACGUUUUUUACUGAGACGUAGGCUUGUGCGGUAUUGAGGAGAAAAGCGGUGCAAGCUGCUGGAAUUACGUUGAUCGUGACAUCGGUUGAAAAGUUAAAGCAUGUUAAAGAUUUUGUGCCCAAGCUUCACUGGCAACGCCUCUGGUGUUAAAAAGUUAAAGAAUUUUUUUUAAAAGAACGUAUUAAAUAAAAUGAAUUUAAUACAGUGGUCUCCCUUAUCCGCAGGGGUUAGGGACCUCCGCGGAUAUGCCGAAUCCGCGAAUACAGAGAACCCCCCCAGUGUCCCUUUUAGCCCCCACUCCCUGCAGCUUAAUAAUAACCGAUCCAUACUCAUCAAAAACACCUCUGAUCAUGCUGUGUAAAACAUUUGUUUUGAAUUAUAUUUCGCAUGAUGGCGGCAAACCCAACAGUUCAGUAAUACCACUUAAGUGGUGUUACCACUUAAGGUUAUACUGUAUACCAAGGUAAAAUGUGGAGGAAUAUUGACUGUAUUAUUAUGUGAAUACCGCCCAAUCCUACUCUGACAUUUUUUGAAGAGCUUACAAACAUGGGCGAACUUGCAGAUCGCGUCAUACAACCGGCACAACUUUAGAGUCGACAGCCAAUUAGCUUGGGAAAAACUCAUGGGGUGUGUAAGUUCUGUCUAACCAAAAUUAAAUACAACAACUUUGCAAAAUCUCAUUGCAGGGCUACAUCCAAACAAGAAAGAUGACAGAAACUGUUGGGGUGGCUUUAAUAAGUUCUUAAAGGAACAUCCGCCAUUGUCGGAAAUGCCUAGCGGAUAACAAAAUCAAUCAGAGUCAAUUAUUUUAAACACUGUCCCAUUUGUUAGACCCGAGACAAAACAUCCCUUCCCGCUGCUUCCUCAGUGACGCGGUAAACUCAAGACCAUAUACAUAUAUUCCAAAUUCUAGUGCCCAGGAAUGUCUGAUUUUUAUAUAACUAUUGUGGCUCUGUACAAUAUUUCCAUCAACAGCCUUCAAGAACCACCUUUGUGACAUUGUUGUUCUGUCUCCCAUUUCCGUUCUACCUCAGGUUGAGAAUCGUUGGCAUGAAUACCAAGACAGGAAACCCAACCUGCCUCUGGAAGAGGGAUUUUGCCCUUCUAAUCGUUACUGGGCUCAUGGUCAUGCUCGUCUACAGCAUGAACACAGAAAGAAUGAGCACAAUAAGGAGCCUAGUCUUUAAGCUGAAAGACAAACCAGUUCCUUACCGAGCAACAGUCUCUGAAGAGAGCAUCACUCCAAUCAAAAACACCAAACACCUCCUGGUGUCAGCUUUCAUGGACCAGAGAAUUAAGGGUUUUGACAUACGUAUCAUUGGGAUAUUCAAAAGAGACUCCAUCCAACCUCUUCACUGCUCUUUCUGCUGUGGAAGUGUAUUUAACCAAACCACUCCUGCCAUUAUUCUCCCACACAGUGACAACUUUGGUUUUCCUUAUACUGCUACAGAUGUCUUGUGUCAGCUUCCUAAAAACUGUGAUGCUUCUCAUGUCACUCUUCUGACUAAGCCUUCAGCUAAUGCGUCUGAACACACAUUUAUUCCUGUAAGAAACAAAAAUGAGAAAAUAAGGUUCAACUUCACCGUCUGCAUCUCUAACCUGUUUGGAGAUUACAACAACGUGCUUCAGUUUGCACAGACUCUGGAAAUGUACAAGUUGCUCGGUGUGGACAGAGUGGUGAUCUAUAACACCAGCUGUGGUCCAGAACUGAAACGUCUUUUACAAAGUUACAUCCAGGAGGGUUUUCUUGAAGUGGUUCCAUGGCCCAUUGACAAGUUCCUGAAACCAUCUAACGGUUGGAGAUUCCAAGAACAUGGAGGAGAAUUGCAAUACUUUGGACAGCUCGUCACCCUUAAUGAAUGCGUGUAUCGGUCCAUGGAGCGUUCACGCUACGUCCUGUUGAAUGAUAUAGAUGAGAUUAUAAUGCCGUAUAAACAUGACAACCUGGUCUCUCUGAUGAACACGCUGGGACCACAACAUCCAAAUGUUGGAGAGUUCCAUAUUGAGAACCACAUCUUUCCAAAAAAGCACUUUGAACCAAGUGGGAGGUUUCAUCUUUCCCGGUGGGAGAAAAUUCCAGGAGUUAACAUUCUGGAGCACAUCUACAGAGAAGACCCUGACAGAAGUGUAUACCAUCCCCACAAGAUGAUCGUUAGGCCGAAGUUGAUAGAGCAGACGUCAGUCCAUGAAGUCCUCAGGAGGUUUGGAGAACGUUACAAAGUUCCACCAGACGUCUGUCGCAUUAUUCAUGUUCGUGUAGCCCUGCGGGGACAUUUGAAGUUGGAGGAGCUUAAUGAAGACAAACGACUUUGGGACUUCCAGGAAAAACUGAUUCCUAAUGUGGACAAGGCGCUGAAGAGAGCAGGACUGAUUCCAGCGGAAGAACAAAACAAACUUUGAAGAACAGGAAGUUUCCUAUGAUAAAAUGCUCACAUUUGUUUUACUGUUUUAGCACAAAACAUUGGAAUAUGGGAUUAAAAUGUUUGCAGAGUCAUAUAAGGUGGAGGUUGGAACUGUAUCAAGUAUUUACUUGACAUUUAAAUUACUUUGGUAAAUACCACAAAAAAAAAGGUUUUCUCUUUUUCGUGAAGGAACGCCAUUUGUUUGCAUCAAUAAUGUGCAAUAAUUGCAUAAUUUUUUCUAAAAAAUGAUCCAUGAAAUAAGUCUCAGGAUAAUUUGAAGAACUGACCAAUAAUGUGAACAAUGUGAAUAAUGUGAAUUUUGUGUUUAUGUGUUUGUCUUCUGCACUCUGUAUUUUUUUAAAACCCUCUGUUUUCUGCUGUUGGAAUUUGGUUGAAUACCUAAAACUUUCAUUGGAUUUUGUAGUGACAAAUCACUCUGAUUAAGAACUUGCUGCACCACCA